CUUCAUCAUCAUCAUCAUGGCUGCCGCUGCCCAAGAAACGCACGUCAGCUCAGUUCGUUCUCGUUCCUACCAAGACGAGAGCUAUCUGCACGGGUUUCUUGGAGCUGUGGGUGACUUACAGAAGGAAGGGGAACUGCAGGAUGUCGUCCUUGAAGUCGAGGGCCGGCGGUUUCCCUGCCAUCGGCUUGUUCUGUCCGCGGCCAGCCCCUACUUCAGAGCCAUGUUUACAAGCGACAUGGCGGAAAGUCGGCAGAAGACGGUCGUUUUACAGGGUCUGGAUGCAGGCAUGUUUGAGGAGAUCCUGAGCUACAUCUACUCGGGAACCCUCCAUGUGUCCCUGGACAGAGUGCAGCCCCUGUACCAGGCAGCCGACCUCCUGCAGCUGGACUAUGUGAGAGACACCUGCAGCAGCUACAUGGCCAUGAACGUGGAGCGCUCCACCUGUGUGGACCUGUACAAGUUUGCUGAUGUCUUCGGGGCGAAUGUUGUUCUGAACUCUUGUCUACAGUAUAUAUGUCAGCAUUUUGUGGAGGUUUCCUCCAGUGAGGAGUUCUGCAUCCUGAGUGUGGAUCAGCUGACUGAGAUCAUCAGCCAUGAUGAGCUGGAGGUUAAAAAGGAGACAGAAGUGUGGGAGGCUGUGGUGAGAUGGGUGCAGCACAGCAGGGAGGACAGACUGCAGCACCUACCCAGCAUCCUCCAUCACAUCCGCUUCAACCUGCUGACCUCAGAUGACACGACAGCCAUCUUGGAACACCCCCUGAUCAGGGAGGAUCCUGGGAGUUCCGAGGUCAUCAGGAAUGAGGUACAGAGGAACCCCAACCUGAAGCCGAGGCUUGGGAUGAUGACCAUGGAAAUGGUUUUGCUGUCUAAAAACUCUGAUGCAAAAAAGAUGCUGUGGAUGAACCCAGGAGAAGGGAAGUACAUCAGGUGUGACUACAACCUACCAGGAUAUACCUAUAAUGGUGUGGUUACACACGAUAAUGAGAUCUAUGUGUUAGCUGCAGAUUCACACAACAUCUAUCUGUGUAAAUACAACCAUGUUGAGAACAAGUGGGAACAAAAGUCGACCGUGUCCGAAGGACCUAUAGAAAUGGAAUGGUUACCAAAUGACUACCUUAUGGAUAUCGAUGGACUUUUUUACCUUGUGACUUCACCAGAGAUGGCGUUCAAGAAAUACAACCAGCAGACAAAUGAGUGGCACAACUGUGCAAUGCCAGAAGAUGGUGAGCAGUUGGACGUCGCCUUUGCAGUAUCCUGCAAUCGGCGCAUCUACCUCUUCACAUAUACAGAAAUGCAUUGGUACGACCCGAGUGAAGACCGGUGGUCCAGGAAAGCCCUGUCAGACUACAGUCCUACAGUGGACGUUGAAUACGGUCCAGUAGUCGCCAUGGGAACAAAGAUCUUCUGGACGGAUCCUGGCUUCUACAACAUGUUGGAGUACGAUACAGAAGCAGACAGCUGGUCUGAGCAUCCAGCCCCAGAGUUUGAGGACAAUGAUCCAGAGAUUGAAGAUCGAGCUUUCUUUGUACUCCAAAACAUGCUCCACAUAUUGGUCAACUACAAAUGCCUGAUUGGUGAUGACUCCAGCCUAUUUCAACAGGUUUUUGUGUAUGACAGGCGUGAACAUAUUUGGAGAGAGCUGCCUGAGCUGCCUUUUGGGCGGCAGUGUAGGUAUGAUCCUAUGUGCAUUGUGGCUCCUAUAUACCUACCAUAUCUGAACACCAGCCAUGCCGACACACAGGAUGCAGCAAACCCAGGGGGGACCAUCUGGUGAAUAGUUUUGGUAGUUCGCAACCCAUCAGAGCAUGCGUGAGAACAUGCUAGAGAUUAGGCAGACUUUGAUGACUUCUUUGUCUGAGUUGGUUUUAUAGUAGUCUCUCCAGACCUGAGCAUACCUGUCAUACUUUUAUUUAGUGUGCUUUCAGUGCAGGACUGUUGUACAGUUUCCAGUUCUUGCCAAAUGCCCCACAUUGGACGGAUGUUUAUGCACGCAAACUAGCACUGUGACCUUUAUUGGAAUGUGAUGCUUGCUUCUCAAAGUGACCAGAUAUACAAACACAGCUUACCAGAGUCUGUGAGACCACACAUUCUUUAAGAAAUAUGUCCAAUUAUUGCAUGCAUUGUAUUGUUAGCAUAUGUUCUUACAGUUACAUUCACUAUCCAUAUGUCAGUAUGUCAGUGAAGGGUAAAAGAUUAUGUAUGGGCAUAGUAUAGAUAGAUUAUAGUGCAGUACUGUUGAUAUUUAAUCAAUCACCUUGAAUUAUAUAUCACUAGAAAGCUUAGUUUACACCCUUAUAUCACACUAACAAAAUUAUUGUACCUUGUAUUUACUCAA